GUCCUCAAAAGACGAACCCAAAACGCAUCGAAGAGGAGUGAAGAAGGACGAUGGAGCUGUGCUCCUCUUCCAUUCACCUUUGCUUCUUCUUCUUCUUCUCGUGUGCGGAGAGAGAUCUUGGUUCCUUGAGGCACGGUGUUGUCCUGUAGAUCGUUGGUCUGCGACGACUUCUCCUCCGGAUCUAGCGCCGACGCUUUUCUCCGCGGUUUUUUUUGAUCUCAGGAACCGCGGGGACGAUGGAUAGUAGCGUUGGGGUGGGGAGGUCGGUGCUCGCGAUUCUUCAGUGGUGGGGUUUCAAUGUCACUGUUAUCAUCAUGAACAAGUGGAUCUUUCAGAAGCUGGAUUUUAAGUUUCCUCUGUCGGUAUCUUGUGUCCAUUUCAUUUGCUCUGCUAUUGGAGCAUAUGUUGCCAUUAAAUUGCUGAAGGUCAAACCAUUGAUAGAGGUUGACCCUGAAGAUCGUUGGAGAAGAAUAUUUCCUAUGUCUUUUGUGUUCUGUAUCAACAUUGUUCUGGGGAAUGUGAGCUUGCGUUACAUUCCUGUCUCUUUCAUGCAGACCAUUAAGUCAUUCACUCCUGCAACAACAGUUAUGCUUCAAUGGCUGGUUUGGAGAAAACAUUUUGACUGGCGCAUAUGGGGUUCUCUAGUGCCCAUUGUUGGAGGAAUUCUUCUAACCUCUAUUACAGAGCUUAGUUUUGACAUAUUUGGAUUCUGUGCUGCCUUGUUUGGUUGCCUGGCUACUUCUACAAAGACUAUUUUGGCAGAAUCUCUACUUCAUGGAUACAAAUUUGAUAGCAUAAACACUGUCUACUAUAUGGCACCCUUUGCGACAAUGAUAUUGGCAGUGCCGGCACUGGUGCUCGAAGGAAGCGGAGUUGUGAACUGGCUGCAGACUCAUGAAGCAGUUUUAUCAUCUAUGCUCAUAAUCUUUUUCUCGGGGGUGUUGGCCUUCUGUCUCAACUUCUCCAUUUUUUAUGUGAUCCAUUCUACCACUGCAGUCACCUUCAAUGUAGCCGGCAAUCUCAAGGUUGCAGUUGCAGUCCUCAUCUCAUGGCUUAUCUUCCGAAAUCCUAUAUCAAUUAUGAACUCAAUUGGCUGCACCAUUACCCUUGGCGGCUGCACUUUCUAUGGGAUUGUCCGGCAGAAGCUCGCGCAGCAACCGGGAACUCCUCAGACACCACGCACACCCCGGAGUCUGGUUGAACUACUCCCCCUUGUAAAUGAGAAAGAAGAUAAGGUGUAAAACGAUACAACGAAAAGGGACCUCCGCAUCAAAUUUUCAUAUUCCUUUCUAUGACAGAAUUAGAUUCUCAACGUCGAAGUUCAAGUGGUGGUUUCCCUGCUCAGAUUUCUGCUGUUCUUUUUAUCAUUAGCCUUAUGCAAUGUAGAGCUUGAUUUUGCUAAUGUAUUUGAUUUCUCUUGUUAACAAAAUCAUUGGGACAUGCUUUGCUUUACAUUUCAGUAUAUGUUAUGACAUGAAGUUCA